UAUAAAUAUAACGAGCAAUUAGACUUGACUUCAUUUUAAAUUCAAAAACUGAAUAGUGCGCACGAAGAAGACAGCUUAAUAACACACUUACGAUGAUCAGCAGGGAUAUCUCGAAACUACAGAAUGCAAUGGCUUUGAACACAAAUGUCAGCACAGAUAUAUCUUGCAUAGCCUGUGGGGUUAAGAUCCAAGAGAACAGCCACUCUUGCAAGUGCGGCCAUGUUCAUGAGACCGAAAGAAAACUAAUUAAAGGAAAACGAUAUUCAGUUUACAGAGAACAACUCUAUUCCAAAUUGACAUUGCAAGAGCUAGACGAAAGUGAUGCAAAAAAACAUCGAAGUGCUAGAAAGAAAAGAAAGUCAUCUGAUUCUGACGACAGCACACAGUCACACAGAGGAUCGAUGAAAAAGCGAGUAAAAAAGUCAAAACAUUCAAAACGGCGAAGAAAACAAGAUGGCCGUCGCCCAAGGAAGGCUUUUGGUAUCGCCUUCCCGGCUGCACGUAAUUCCGAGAAAAACUAUGAGAAUUUUGACGAUAAAUAUGAGAAUCUUAGCUCAAGAUGGAACUUCAAAUUCGCUUUGGACGAUAUAAACCAAAGAUAUUCAAAACAGAGGCUAUUUUGGAUUCGGUUAUAGCAUACGAGAUAACCGCAGUAAAAAAUAGGGCUGCGUAUGCUACAAAAUUAGGCCAAGGGGCCUAAUUAAAACCAGUCGCAGCGUGUACUACUUAAUUAGGCCACGUGCACUGCUAAAUUAGGCUAACGUGACACAUGUACGCACGGAACGGGUGAGAUACUAAGUUUCUAAAUUUUCUACCGAAAUAACUCCAACGAAUAGGCUUGAAUGAUACAAAAAAACUAGAAUCCUAGGUCUUUAAUUUGUUGCAUAUUUUACAAAUGGGUAAACAAAUCUAUUAACUGGGGUAUCUUGAAACUUGAAUGCGUACUAAACUGACAUACAGGACACUAGAAUGCAAAUGAUAAGAUAAUAUAUAUAAUUUAUUCCAUUGGGGAGAUUUAUUUGUAAUAUAGAAAUUGGAGAAAAUAUUUUGUACGUGUAAAAAAUAAAUCUGAAAACCGG